CCGUCGCAGAGGUAGAGCGGGAAAGUCGGAGGACUGUGGCGGCCUGCCGGGGCUGUCGGCAGUGAUGGAGGAGGUGGAGGCUGAGGAGCAGCAGCAGUACUCUCACCGGCAGAGACUCAAGGCAGCAGUUCACUACACGGUCGGCUGUCUCUGCCAGGAGGUGGAGCUGGACAAACAGGUGCACUUGAGCAAACAGACCAUUGCGGCCAUCUCCGAGGUCACUUUUCGACAGUGCGAAAAUUUUGCCAAAGACCUUGAAAUGUUUGCCAGACAUGCGAAAAGAAGCACAAUUACCACUGACGACGUGAAGCUCUUAUCGAGGCGGAGUAAUUCACUGCUAAAAUACAUUACAGAGAAGAACGAAGAGAUCACACAGCUUAACCUGGAACGAAAGGCCAAGAAGAAAAGGAAGUCGGAGGAUGAAGGCAGGAGCUCUAGGGAGCCCGGGGCUGAAGAGCUGGGCGAUGAAAGUUAAGUCCUGGCCGCUUGGAAAGGAAGCCUUCAGCGGGAAGCGGCGUGCACGCCGUGAGGGCUCUGAGGGGAUGAGGACGGACGUUUGAAGAAAGUACCGAGUGGUGGGCAGCUGUUUGUCUGCCUGUUUGAAGUCACUCCAAGAGCUGGGAAUUCUGGCAAGGCCACCCCCAGACUUCACCUGCACAGGAAAGGCUUGCGCUCUGGGGGCACGCUGUUACUUAGUGACUGGUAAAAUGGCUUAGCAAUCAGAUGCGCUGGCUGUUGGGGGCGAGCUUAGUCCUUCACUGUUUACUUCCUAGGCCAAACGCAGGUCUCUGAAGGCUGAAUAAAGUUGUGUUUGCUGGGC